AUGUCUGAAAGUGUACCUCCACGCGUCCAGGCACAGCCCAAUGGAAAGGCACCAGAGCAGCACAGUGAACCCCAAGCUGACCAAGAAUCAAGCACCGUCGGCUUUCGUCCUCACCAUGAGCUCAUCACCGUUCAGCCUGCUCGUCUGGAUGAUUUGCAACCUAGAUAUGCACAGGUUCUUCAGCCUGAUGUAGAUAACCCGGACGCUCACAGCUGGUACUCCGGCUUUAUACACGGUUUGGGAGAAAUUAUUGGUACCCUAGGAGCUAUACCUUGUUGCUUCUGCUGCCCGAACCCCUUCACGCCUGUCAACCAAGGUCAGGUUGGACUGGUGACCAAGUUCGGUCGUUUUGAGCGCGCUGUCGACCCAGGUCUCGUUAAGAUCAAUCCGCUCAGCGAGAACCUAACGACCAUCGACGUCAAGAUCCAGAUCGUCGAGGUGCCUCGUCAAGUCUGCAUGACCAAGGAUAACGUCACUCUCCAUCUGACUUCAGUCAUCUACUAUCAAAUCACCUCCCCACACAAGGCUGCGUUUGGUAUUACCGAUAUCCGCCAGGCGCUUGUCGAGAGGACCCAAACUACUCUUCGCCAUGUUGUCGGUGCUCGCGUGUUGCAGGAUGUUAUCGAACGUCGCGAGGAACUUGCUCAGUCUAUCGGAGAGAUCAUCGAAGGUGUUGCUGGCGGAUGGGGUGUCCAGGUCGAAUCGAUGUUGAUCAAGGAUAUCAUCUUCAGCAACGAGUUGCAGGAAUCUCUCUCCAUGGCUGCUCAGUCCAAGCGAAUCGGUGAGAGUAAGGUCAUUGCUGCGCGCGCCGAAGUCGAGGCUGCCAAGCUCAUGAGAGCCGCUGCCGAUAUCCUGUCCUCUGCACCUGCGAUGCAGAUCCGAUACCUCGAUACUAUGCAGGCAAUGGCCAAGAGCGCAAACUCCAAGGUCAUUUUCCUCCCUGCCGCAAACAACCAGGCCGCCAUGCAAGCAGCCCUGGCCAGCGAAGGAGCUGGGGAGGGAUCAAGCCGCCACGUCAACCCCAACCCCUUUGAACAGGACGGAGGUGAUGGCUUCCAAACCGCCAUGAACGCUCACGUGGUAGAGAAUAUCUAA